CAAAUAAUCUUGAGUUUGACAAUCUUCAACCAAAUAUCAACAAACUGUCGUAUUGGGAGUGCGAGUAACGACUGCACACAGAACUGAAUCAUCGCGUUUGCGGUUACUUAACUAGUGUGAGCAUUAGAAAUAGGACCAUACUUCAUGUGGAUGCAGCCGGAUAAGUGUUUACAGUGCGACCAGUGAUUUGUUCAAAACAUGAGUUUCAUACGAAGCCUUACAGCCGUCUGCACUCCGGGACUAUGCAGAAGUUUCUCUGUAUCCAUGCCAAAUAAUGGCACAUACUCAUGCAAAGUCCUUGUCAUCGGCGGUGGCACAGGUGGAUGUGCGAUGGCCGCCAAGUUUUGCAGGAGACUGCCAAAAGAUAGUGUCAUAGUCCUUGAGCCAAGCAAAGACCAUUACUAUCAGCCUCUGUUCACGUUAGUUGGUGCGGGAGCAGUGACAGUAAGGGACACUCGCCGGGAGGAGGAAAAGCUCCUCCCCAAGAAGGCGCAAUGGAUACAGGACUCUGCAAAAUGUAUCGUUCCUGAGAGGAACAAAGUGGUGACUGUGAACGGCCAUGUUAUCGACUACGAGUACCUCAUCGUGGCUGUUGGACUGAUCAAUGAUUAUGAUAAGAUCCCAGGUCUAUGCUUGGCCCUACAAGACAAGUCAAGCGGCGUAUCUUCGAUAUUCUCAGCAGCAUACUGCGAGAAAACAUUCUCAGACAUGCAGAAACACAAGGAAGGAAACGCUAUCUUCACGUACCCUGACACCCCCAUCAAGUGCCCCGGCGCGCCGCAGAAGAUUGCGUACCUAGCAGACUCAUAUUUCAACAAGACAAAUGUCCGGUCAAAAACGAACAUAUACUACAACACGUGUCUGCCUUUUAUCUUCGGCGUUCCAAAGUACGCGAAGGAGCUUUUGAAGGUAGUGAAACGGAAAAACAUCAACGUCAACUAUAAGACUGUACUCAAAGAGGUCAGACCGGACAAGAAAGAGGCUGUUUUCUUUAACAAAGAUAAGUCUGAGGACAUAGUAAUGAACUACUCGAUGCUACACGUAACGCCACCAAUGCAGACGCCGGAAUUCCUGCGAACUAAUGAGAAGUUGGUGGACGAGAACGGCUACUUGGACGUAGACAAGUUUACGCUACAGAGCACUAAGUACCCCAAUAUCUAUGGUAUCGGAGACUGCACUAGUACACCAAAUAGUAAAACUGCUGCUGCUAUCGCCGUACAAUCGUACGUGGUAGAACACAACCUUCUGGCCACGAUGAAGAAGGACGAGCCUAAGUUCAAGUACAACGGUUACGGCGCGUGUCCUCUACUGACGUCGUACAGCACCUGCAUACUCGCAGAGUUCCUCUACGGCGGCGUACCGCAUGAAACAAUGAAUAGAUGCAAGUUGCUGGUCGUCGGAGGUGGCGCCGGCGGCUGCAGCGUCGCGUGGCGCUUUGCCCGCAAAUUGAAGAACUGCUUAAUUAUGCUGGAACCUUGUAGGAUACACUACUAUCAACCAGCCUUUACACUGGUAGGGGCUGGCAUAAGGAAACUGAAAGAGUCGUACAGGCCACUCCCUAACAUUCUACCGCACAGCAUCACGUGGUUACACGACAGAGCUGAGGGCUUCUGUCCCAGUGAGAACAUGGUGGUCACGUGGAACGGCGACAAAAUAUACUAUGAGUACAUGGUGGUCGCUGUGGGCAUCAGGAAUGAUUAUGACAAGGUGCUAGGCCUGGUACAAGCUCUGGAUAACCCUCGGUGUCCUGUCUCCACGAUUUACUCUCCAAUGUACUGCAGCAAGACCUGGGAGAAUAUAAAGAACUUCAAAGGUGGACAUGCGCUGUUUACGUUUCCCGUUGUAGGCGGUAAAUGUUCCGGUGCUGCUAUGAAAAUUAUGUUUUUAGCGCAAGAUUAUUGGAGAAAGAAAAAAAUUAUAGGCAAGACGAAUAUAACGUACAACACGGGUGCGGAGGAGAUAUUUGGCGUACCGAAGUAUGCGGAUGCCAUCAGAACGCUGGCUGUCAGUCGUGGCAUCGUACCUAACUAUGGAGCUGACCUAGUGGAGGUGUCGCCUAGGGGAGCCCUGUUCAUGGGAGCUGGCGGAGAGACAAUAAGCUUCCCAUACAACUUGUUGCACGUGACUCCCCCGAUGGCUCCGCAGUACUGUCUGCAGAAGUGUGGGGAGCUGAGCAAUGCUGCAGGGUUCCUGGAUGUGGAUGCAGAUACGUUGCAACACAGGCGGUAUCCCAAUGUGUUUGGGUUGGGAGACUGCACGUGUACGCCUAAUAGCAAAACUGCUGCUGCUGUUGCUCCACAAAGCUACGUAGUGGAGCGUAACCUUCGCGACGUGAUGUCCGGCAAAGCUCCCUCCGCCAGGUACAACGGGUACGCCGCCUGUCCUCUCAUCACAUCAUACAAGAAAGGACUGCUCGCAGAGUUCGUGUAUGAUAAGAAAAUAUGGGAGACGUUUCCUUUUGAUCAGGCAAAAGAACGUCGUAUAAUAUAUCAAAUAAACAAGUACGUACUUCCAUACAUUUACUGGAACUCACUAGUCAAAGGCAAAUGGAACGGCCCGGGAACUAUACGCAACAUCAUCAACCCGCUGAGAAGAUGAAAACAUCACAAUUCAUAUAAAUAUUUUAUUAAAACAAUUUCAUUAUAUAUACAAC